AUGAACUCGAAGAGAGGGAGUUGGGGAACGGGUCAGCUUGGAAGGGCGUUUAAGUAUAGCUCUUUUAAACAACAACAACAAUUGAGAAAACUGACUUGUUGGUCGGUUUAUGGUUGGAGAGGGCAGGUCAAAGCCAGGAAGACGCACUUCGGCCACGAGGCACUCGUCCAAAACUCAACUCAGUCAGACGCACAAAAUACCCAUAAAAACCUCGGUCUUGCCACCACCUCAAAUGUCAUCUACAACUGGUAUGUGAUCAAGAAAGAACAGUGUAUUCAAAGAAGCAGCAAGAGGGGCGGCACCCAAUUCAAGGCAAGAGCGAGCAUGAAUAGGAGGGAGGUUUUGAAAAGUGGGGUCAUAUGGAUUGUGGUUAUACGGAAGCAAAAAAUUGGACGGAUGAACGGAAGAGGCACAGGUACAAUAGAAAAGGCUCAACUCAUUUACGAGAUCACUCGCUAA